AUAUUUUCUUCAGACUCGCUGGAAUUUGACGUCGCUACAAGGAAAAGUGUCUGAUUUUCAAUGUGUGUGGUGGGUGUUGAGUGAGAGAAUAUUAAGAGCGAAUCUUUUGGGGCUGUGUCUGAAGCCGAAUGCGCGAGAGUGCUGAGAUGACAUCCCAAAUUCUCCGGAAAAACUGAAGAGUAAUAGUUGCCGGGUUGCCAGCCUCGUUUUCUCUCUUUCUGCGUCUGCGUCCUGCAGCCAGAAUGGCGACUGUCGUUAAAAAUCGCAAGUCGUCAGACGUAUGCAAGAGGUUAAGAACGCUGUUUGCCAUCACGGUACGUGGUACAAGACCGGGGUCGACCGACGGCAAAAGCAGUCACAAGAGGUGUACAAAAGAAUACAGUUGGAAGCAUAUGUAAAUCAAGAAAUGCCUCAAUUGGAGCCGCUGAAGUCGAAUUUGAAUUCCAAGUACAAAAAAGUAGAAUGUAAUAGUCACGCAACAAAAUAAACUUUAGACCACGCAAAAAAUGUUCACACAUUGUUUACGUAAAUGUUGCUCUACUAACGGUUAACCGAAAGCCAUUAUGUGAAAUUAAAUACGGUAUAGAAGUCUUUCCUCGCCUUAAUAAAUUCGCCAUCAAUAAUUCGAUCAACCGACUAACCAAUCGACCAGCUAUCGGCUACGAAACUUUUAAUUCAAUAGAAAGAAUAAAGAAUAAGAUUAAUAAUUAAUCAAAUAAAAUAAUGAGCGAAAAAUAUCAUAUUUUUGAGAAUUUUUUGAAUAUUUUUUUACUGUUUGCCCAACUAAGAAACAGAGUGUGUUCAUGAAGCAGUUCAGCAAAAUUUUACCAAUAGUAAAUUAGAAUAAUUCAUUAUCAAUUGAAAAUCUAAUUCGGAAUAUUGAGAGAAUUGAGGAACCUAAGCUGCCUAUGUAAAUGUAUCACAUAUGUAUGUAUUUACAUCAAUAUGUACAUACAUACAUAUUUAUGUACAACUAAGCGUGAACCCGGGAAUGUCUUUUAAGUACUUAAAAUGUAUUGUAUUCGUUAAAGGAGAUUAAGGAAAAAAAUGUAUUUGAAGUAGCUGAAACUUCCGUUCUUACACCUGAAUACGACACUCAUAUUGACAUCGAAAAAAUUCUCAAAAAUCAAUUCGAGUGUCCUUAUUAUGAGAAAGAAAUUAGGGUUAUGAUGUGACAGGAGAUGUAACAGGAGACCUGUUUGGUCCGCUCAUGAAAUGUUAUUUCUUGAUGUCGACAAGCAGAAUAACUGUCAAAAAAAGAAACAAAACUAUAAAAAAAACAAGGCGGAACGUUGUGCGUUGCUGAUGCGGCCGGAACGAUACUUAGUCAGUAUGGCUCUCCUCCACCAGACGGCGCUUAUAUUGAACGACACGACAAAGAGUGCGAGAGAGACAGAAAGUCACUCAGAACGUGUUGUCGGGCGCUGCGUAGCCACUGAAAAUUGAUUUGUUCCUUUUUUCCUAUUGGUUAUAAUAAUGAUUCGAUCUGAUCAAAAUUCGACAAUCUGUUUGAUAUGCUCGUUUUUAGGAAAUUGAAAACACCAAAUCCAAAUACAGAUUUCGAUGCAACUUGACUCAAACACUUAAGUCGGGUAAACGUUCCAAUUUGAACGUUUUCAAAUUAUAUAAGUAAAAGUGAUAAUACUAUCACUGUGAUUUACCGGAUUGGAUAUUAUUUUGGUUUGCGAUUCUGUGUGUUUUUUUACUGUACAGAUAACAAAGCUGAAAAGAGAUUCAAAAGCUUGAUUGAAUGAGUGAAUCGUGAGUGAGUCAAUGAAAUAGCUGAGGUGAGGAAAAUAUAGAGUGCCUUGCUUAGCGCAAUGAAGCUACAAUUUCAGCUCUACCCUGAUGCAUAUAAAAGCCUAGACGCAGUCUUUGUUGCAAACGCAGAUAAACUCAUCAUCACAGCCAUCCACUGCCACACAACCUGACCUUCGAAAAAAAUAGAAUUGAGUGUUACCAAUGUGCCAAUAGCUGCAGUAGAUUGAUAUCUAAAAUAUAGUGCAGCUUCAGCAUCAAAAGAAUACUUGAGCUACGACUAUUCAGACGCAUAAUUACUUUUUUAUUGUCUCAAAUGUGCCAAUUAAAGUUUGGAUGCAUGAGAGUACCUUUUGGUAAAUAUCCUCGGGAACGAGAAUAAAAAGGGGAAAUAACCUUAAAAAAACGAGGAGAGGACAACCAAGACUUAGCAUUGACGCUAACACAGACGUUGACGUCGACGCCUACUUAUUAAAACACAUCAUUGAAGCUGCAUAAUGUGGAUUACCAUCACCUAUUUGAUCCUCAUCAUUGCCCAGCUGUGCACCUUGGCCACAUCCGCAGGCGAGGCAGAUUAUACUCUAGACGAUUCUUUUUGGAAUGAAGAAAGUCCCGUUGGUGAAGUGGAACGGUUACUUAAGGAAUACAGACAAAAUCAAGAGUUGGUUCGUCGCAUCGGCGGACAUUAUUACCAAAUAAUAUAUCCUGUUCAGUUGCGCCAUCAUGAGAAGAUGGGAAUAUCAACGCGUGAAGUCAGUCCCUCAAAGCCGGGACAACGUCCUCGCCCGCAUGAAGAUACUGGAUUCAACAGAGGCAGGACAAAGAAACAUUUUCAUCGCACGUCGCUGCUAAUCAAGGCUUUUAAUCAUAAAUUUCGCCUGGACUUGGAGCUUAACUCGCAACUUCUUUCACCCAAUAUACAGCAAAAGCACUAUCAUGUUGGAGGAUAUCUUGUGGACGGAAACCGGCAUGAUAUCGAACACUGUUAUUACCAUGGGACCGUGAAGGACUAUCCAGGUGCUAGCGCUGCCUUCCAUACUUGCAACGGAGUGAGCGGCGUCAUACACAUUGGAAACGAGACAUUCGUCAUUCAUCCGUUUUAUGGUGGCGAUCUAUCUAAACAUCCACAUGUAAUUUUUGAAGCGCGUACGAAAGCAAACAAGGGAUGCGCAAAUUCAGGUAAUUUAGACUCAUGGCGAUUGUCUCGUCGCACCAAGCACUUGUCAGUAGGAGUUGCGGAUGUGGUGGACGAGAUACUUCAGAACCACGCAAUUCGCAGCAAGCGGGAUGUGCGAGAGGCCACCAAAUACAUUGAAACAGCAAUUAUCGUGGACAAGGCUAUGUUUGAUAAACGCAACGGGAGCACGCGCGCCGAGGUGAUUCACGACGCAAUACAGGUUGCCAAUAUAGCUGAUCUGUACUUCCGUACCCUGAAUACUCGUGUGUCGGUGGUUUAUAUUGAAACAUGGGGAAAAAACCAAGCCAUCAUCGAUGGAAGUAAGGACAUUGGCAAGGCAAUAUCUAACUUUAACGAUUACACGUCAAGAAAUCUGUUUCAAAUUGAGCGAGAUACUACUCAGUUGCUUACUGGUGAAACAUUUUCCGGCGGAGAGGCUGGGAUGGCCGUUCCUGAAACUGUCUGUACACCUCGGGCUGUAGGCAUCAGCGUCGAUGUUAACGUCUAUGAGCCACACCUCCUCGCAGGUACCAUGGCUCACAUGAUUGGCCAUAACAUCGGAAUGGGGCACGACGAUGGACGUGAGGAAUGUUUUUGUCGCGACUGGCAUGGUUGCAUAAUGGCACAGUCGAUCGUCGGGCAGGAGAAUGUCCAACCGUAUAAAUUUUCUGAAUGCAGUAAGAAAGACUACAUUGACGCAUUGCGUACGGGACACGGACUGUGUUUGCUCAACAAGCCUAAUGAGAUCGAAUUGCGUCGAAACUGCGGUAAUAAAGUAGUCGAGGAAGAUGAGGAGUGUGAUUGUGGUACCUUUGAAGAAUGUGCCCUGGAUCCCUGCUGCGACGGAAUAACAUGCAAGCUAAAAUCUGAGGCGCAAUGCGCUAGCGGCGCAUGCUGUGACCAAUGCCGCUUACGUCCUAAGGAUUACAUUUGCCGGGACUCAAACAAUGAAUGUGAUCUUCCAGAAUACUGUGAUGGCGAAGUCGGUCAAUGUCCUUCUGACGUCUACAAGAAAAAUGGGUCUCCAUGUGGCCUCAGCAAGUCAGGCGUCUCUGGCUACUGUUUCCAGGGCUACUGUCCUACACUAAGCCUGCAAUGUGAAGCAAUUUGGGGAUAUGGGGGAUCCGCAGCAGAUCGGCAAUGCUAUGAACAAUUUAAUUCUAAGGGCUCAAUUAAUGGCCAUUGUGGGCGUGAUGUGAAUGAGCAUUAUAUUAAGUGCGAUCCAGAGAAUGUUCAAUGCGGUACUUUACAAUGUAAGGAUGGUGAAAGACAACCUGUUAACGAUGGUAUCGACCAACUCUACUCACGGACCAUUAUAUCUAUCAAGGGACAGGAGUACGAGUGCAAGGCAACCAGCGGACAAGUAGGCUCCAACAACUACCCUGAACAUGGUCUAGUCAAAGAUGGAACACCGUGCGGUGAUAAUUUAAUCUGCCUGAACCAAACUUGUGUCAGUCUUUUUCCUCAUGUGGAUCAAACUAAGUGCCCAACAAAUAAACAGGGUCAAGAGUGCUCAGAACACGGCGUCUGUACUAACACAAAUCGCUGCUUUUGCGACAUGGGUUGGGGUGGCACAGACUGUAGUUCUGUCGUUCUCCUUACCACAGCACUGCCAACUGAAGCAUUGCCAACACCGGAGAAUACAAUAAAAAUGGAAAAGAAAGAAACCCCAUAUGAGAACUACCACGGCUCAAAUACAGUGUUCCUAGUCGGUGUUCUAAUGUCAGUUGUAGGGUUCGUUUUUAUAACAUUCACCUUAAUGGCAUUGUGCUACAGGUCAGUUGUAGUACAUAGAAACUUCUCCCUGUGUCUAAGACGCAAGACUACUACAAUGAAGUACGAUCCGCCCUACUCGAAGAAACCGAUUACAAAGAGCUAUGGCGGUGCGACGACGGCACCAAACCAUCAUUCCGUUGAGGAGGUUUCCUUGGAUGGCUCCAGCAAAUUAGUCUAUGCCAAUCAGACGGGUUUCAGGGACAAAGUCGUGCAUGGACGUCGCUACACAGCUGGUGGCGAGGACGAUCAGUCACAUGCAGAGAAGGGUAUUUUAAAGAAACACGGCUAUGGGCUGGUACACGGCGAGCAACUUAAAGACAAAUGGGGCGACGAUAACCAAUCGGACAACCUUGAGCUGAUUACCCAGGACGGGACGCUGGCCUCAACGAGCGGGGGCGUGGCUGCCUCCGAAGUCGAACGUACGCUUAAGUCCCUCAACGGAUACCAUGAGGACAUUUUGGAGGCUCUGCGCAAUGCGGCCACACACCGUGGUACAGGAACCGGUAACACACCCGUUGGCAGUGGGAGUCUCAGCGAAGAAAUGUUACGUAAAACGCUACAAGAAUGUAGCAGCUCACAGUUAGGAUACUCUGCUGAACCAUACAAGCGCACUAGUGGAUCUAAGUCCAGUUCCAGGGAAAAUGUUUGUGAAAAUACCGCUGUACACGCUAUAUUGCUUGACGGAAGCGGAUCUGGCCUUGGUGGCCUAGGUCUGGGAUCAAGCUUAGGUGCUGGGGGUGGAUCAACUGUUAUUGCUGGGGGUAUGGGGCAUGGCAGUUCGAUGCUGCAUCACCAUCGCUCGCAGCACCAAUUGCAUCAACCGCCCCCUUUAUCAUUACAACAGCAACCGGACGAGGACGACGCUCCCUCAACAGGACCCUUGCGUAUACGUAACUUGGAGGAUCUUAUACGGCAGCUCGAGCACCACUCGUCACGACACAUGAGUCCCAGCGGCUCCGAGGAUAUACGCAUGUCGGAAACAGACGCUGAUCGCCACUAUAGAUUAGAUAGUUCCGCCGCUUGUAGUGAGUCCUCACAAGGCUCCAAUCAGCAACUAGCACAAACUCAGAAAACCGCUACAAUUCAUUCGUCGUACAGCAGUCGCUGUCGUCCCCGUUCCGAUGAGGAGUCGCGAUUUGCUUACGGCAGUCGCUACCGACAGCCGACGCCAGCAGGCCGACAUGCAACGCAUCAGUCACACUCGCCGCAUACAUUCGGACACCACACGCAUCAUUCUCACGCUCAUGGACAUGCCAACCAUGGUCCCCAUUCCUCUCAUCAUUCAUCGCAUACUCAUUUACACCAGGAAGAUGAUGGUAUAUAUGAGACCGCCGACCAACGCAACGUUUCUGACGCUCGUCUUGAUUCACAUGAGACACCAGACAGCGAAAGUGAUGACUUUAUUCAAGCUCAACAACAGUUAGCCCGGUGGGCGAGUGAAGAUGUGGUAUCCGUCGUGGUAUUGGACCAGCCGCAGUCCGCAACAAUUUCGGAUUCCCAACCAUACAACGGCGUAGGACCAAUGUCAGGGGCUACAACGAGCAACGUUAUCCACCAUCAGCUUCCGCAUCUUCACCACGGCGAUCCUCAAUCCUCCUCAGCGGCAACGGCGGUGGCAGCCAGCAACAACUGUAUACUGGGUUUGCCAGUUGUCCCAAAUGGUACAAGUGUAAGUCAGAGGGACUUCUAUCCCUCACCGCCCUCAACGGAGACGGAAAGCAGUGGAAGUGCUAUCCAGCUUCGUACUCGACGCGUAUUACAGUCGGCCGAUACGGUAGCAGCAAGUCAACAACAGCUUCAGCUUCACCAACUACCGUUGUAUCAGCAGCACCAUCAUCAGCAACAGCUUCAACAUCAAUCAGGCGAUACCAGCAGCAGCAACAACAGUCAAUCCGGACAAGUCAUCGAGAAUGGUUGCUACCCGGAAUAUAAGCAUUGAUAGUGCAAAUCUUUUAUUUUAUAUCUUAAUCGACAUACAUUGACAUAAUCAUUCGUAAAGGUAUCCACAACCAGCCGCGUCAUCACUUAGUUUUUUAUUAUAUGGGAUAAGAAGAUCUUGACCGGCAUUUCUAAUCGCAUAUAAAUAUGCUUGACUUGAAAUACACAAGUACACAAGCGUAUUCUUAUGUGAAUUAAUAUAUGUAAACAUAAACAUAACUGCAAUGCUAAUAAACAAGUUAACCUAAUGAAAGAAAAACAAACAAGCAUAAAAAUUAAAAAACAAAUUAAUAAAGAAUAUUACUAUUUAUGAGCGAAAACUUACUUCACAAAGGAUUACACGCAAACAUGCAUGCAUACAUACCAUUGAAUACUUACAUAGCCAUACGUUCAUUUGAACGCCUAGAAUAAUCUUAUUCACCUUCACAAAAAAAAAACAGGAUUUUGUAUACCUCAGGCCCAAGUAAUGCCAGCGUCUGAGUAAGAAAAACUAAUGAGCAGGCUGCUGUAAAUAUAAAAAAUGUUUAAAUGUGCUAGAUAGUUAAUUAUACGACUCUGCGAGACGUGUCAAGAAUUUGAAAAA